AUGGGCAGGAAAAGCAAAGGCCAUGCCAUAAUGAUCUCAAUACCAUACCAAGGACACAUUAACCCCUUCAUAAAUCUUGCCCUCAAGCUCGCCUCCAAGGGCUUUACCUCGGGUCCCGACAUACGCUACACGACCAUUACCGAUGGUUUACCAUUGGAAUUCGACCGUGAACUCCGCUUUGACGAGUAUUGGGAGAUCAUAUUGCGCGACUUCUCGAACCAUGUGGAUGAAUUUGUCGGGAAAAUGAUUCAAUGUGAUCCGAGCUCAACUUAUUUUUUGGUAGCCGACACUCUCUACCCAUGGCCUUCAAUCAUUGCCGACAAGUACAGUAUCGUGAGCGUCUCGUUUUGGACUCAGCCGGCCAUGGUGUUCACCACGGGUUACCAUUGGGACCUUCUGACUGAAAGGGGUCACUUUCCAAGUCAAGAUAAAUUUGAGGAUAUAGAUUACAUCCCUGGAAUCAAGUCGAUAAACACAAAAGACUUAUCGUCAUAUUUUAUGGUAACCGACUUCGAAAAUAUAUUUUACAAGGUUGAGAGCAUAGCAUUUAGGAGAGUAAAGAAAGCCGAUUUUAUCUUGCACAACACCGUUGAAGAAUUAGAGCCCGACGUACUUCCAGCUCUCAACCAAUACCAACCCAACUACGCAAUUGGCCCAAUAAAUUUCUCGGUUAAAAGCGUCAUGAGCAAGAGCUUAUGGUCCGAGUCGGACUGCACUCGGUGGCUCGAGUCCAAGUCUCCUGGCUCGGUUCUUUACGUCUCGUUUGGUAGCUUUGUUCACACUAGCAAGGAGACUAUUGAAGAAAUAGCUUAUGGCCUUCUCUUAAGUGGUGUGGACUUCAUAUGGGCUAUUCGAGAAGGUAUCCUCGACACUCUUGAUGCUAAUGCCUUGCCCUUUGGGUUCGAAAACGAGGCUAAGGAUAAAGGGUUGGUGGUCCCAUGGUGUGAUCAAAUUAGGGUUCUUUUGAACCCUGCGAUCGGUGGAUUUCUCACGCACUGUGGUUGGAAUUCGACUGUGGAGAGCAUAUGGUGUGGCGUGCCCAUGAUAUGUUACCCGAUAGCAUUCGAUCAACUUAAUAAUAGGAAGUUGGUGGUCGAUGAUUGGAAGAUCGGGAUUAGUUUGUGUGAAGGGAUUUUGGUUGAUCGGAAUUCGAUUGCCGAGAGGAUAAAGAGCUUUAUGAACGGAGCGAAGGGUUUGAAGGUGGAAGCGGAGAAAGUGAAGCGGGUAAUGCAAAAGGCGGUUGAAGUUGAUGGGUCGUCCGAGAGAAAUUUCGACAGGUUCGUAAGUGAUUUGGAGGCCAAGCUUCAGGAAAAAACUGGAAAUGGUGGCAAAAAAGAUUUGAUCAUUGGCUAG